AUGGAAAGUCAAGGGAAAUACAAGCCUGGAAGUAAAUACGAGAAAGACCUCAAAGAUAUCAUCGGUUCCUUAUCUUCGACUAGUAACUUUACCCAAGGUCUCGAAAUGAUGUCCUUUGGUAAAGGUCCUAGUUUCGUCUCCGUCACCGCUCAGUGCCGCGGCGACUCCUACGGUCCCAAAUGCCGCGAAUGCUUUAACACCGCGCAAGCUGAGCUUCGUAGGAGAUGUCCGAGAGACAAAGGUGGAAUAAUAUGGUACGACCAAUGUCUUCUCGUCUUUUCUGCGAUCAAUUCGUUGGGGAAGGUCGAUAACGAAAACAAUUUCUGCAUGUCCAAUGCGAAGAACUUCAGCGUCGAUCAUUACUCCAACAGAGAGUGGAUGACUCUCAUCACCAAUCUGACAACUAUAGCCAUCGAUGACAAAAAACCAAAAGACGCGCCAAAGCUUUACGCAGCAGGGGAAAGGAGGUUCGGGAGGAAGACGGUGUACGGAAUGGUGCAGUGUAUGCUAGACAUUGAGUCAAAGGUUUGUCAGGAGUGUAUUACAGAUGAAAUCGUGAAAUUUCACGAUUGCUUGUUUUAUAAACAAGGAGCGAGAGUUUUGGGUAGGAGCUGUAACAUUAGGUAUGAGUUUUACCCUUUUAUUGCUACCAAGGCCGGUCUUAAAUAUUUGAAGACAUAA